AUGCCAGCUCAAGACCCGACUUCUGGAGCGAAGGGCUUUGGAAUGCCCACCCCGACCGGUGGGUCGGCUACAGGGUGGGCACCACCAAGCAAGGAAGGUGGAAUGCCGCACCAGGGGUUCCCAGGCAAGGGAGCCCCGGGACAAGGCUGGCCAAAACAACCAUCGGGAUCAGCUACCGGGUGGGCACCACCAAGCAAGGAAGGUGGAAUGCCGCACCAGGGGUUCCCAGGCAAGGGAGCCCCGGGACAAGGCUGGCCAAAACAACCAUCGGGAUCAGCUACCGGGUGGGCACCACCAAGCAAGGAAGGUGGAAUGCCGCACCAGGGGUUCCCAGGCAAGGGAGCCCCGGGACAAGGCUGGCCAAAACAACCAUCGGGAUCAGCUACCGGGUGGGGGUCCCCAAGCAAGGGAGCCCCGGGACGAGGCUGGCCGCAGCAACCUUCAGGGUCAAGUGCAGACUGGGGCAAGGGAACUCCGGGACAAGGCUGGCCAAAACAACCAUCGGGAUCAGCUACCGGGUGGGGGUUCCCAAGCAAGGGAGCUCCGGGACAAGGCUGGCCG